AUGCGCCGGCUUUGCUACAGCGACGACCACUUUUGGAUUUGCUUUCAAGAUGGACGACUACAAGAACCACCCGCUGCGCCACAAGAUGCGCGUGCUGGCGACAGCGAGACCGAGGAAGACCGGAUGCUCCAAGGCCAGCUCUACUACGGCGGGUGCCCGGUCCUGAUGGCCAAGCGCGUCACGGCGCGCAAGCUCUGGUCGCAGCUCAACAAGCUCGACGACGUGGAUGCGACGGACCCCGCCCGCCUCGCGCUCUUGCGUGAGCUUCUUGGGUCCAUGGGCCAAGACGUCGCGAUCGAGUCGCCGUUCCGGUGCGACUACGGGAACAACAUCGUUCUCGGAUCCAACUGCUUCAUCAACUACAACUGCACGAUCCUCGACUGCAACAAGGUCACGCUCGGCGACAACGUGCUCAUUGCGCCCAACGUCUCGAUCUACACGGCCACGCACCCGACCGACGCCAAGUUGCGCCACGACUGGGGCCCCGAGCUCGCCUAUCCCGUGACCAUUGGCAACGACGUCUGGAUCGGCGGCAACGCCGUGAUUUUGCCUGGCGUCACCAUCGGGGACGGCGCCGUCAUUGGCGCCGGUGCCGUUGUCACCAAGGAUGUCCCGCCGUACGUCGUCGUUGGUGGCACGCCGGCGCGGAUCAUCAAGCAUCUUGACAAGCCGUAAUGUCGGCCGUCGCGUCGUGUGUAACAGCAACAUGUGUUUACGUGCAGCAUCAGUCUCACAUGGGUCUGGG